GCUGAAUGGAAACAACUUAACAGACACGCUGUUCACAGCAGGAAGAUCUGGUCGGAAUCGGUUGAUUCGCAUUUUAUUUUUCUGGUCUUUUGCAUGUCGAGUGUCUGUAUUUAUACAUUUUUGUGCUCUUUAUUAUUUUCCUGACAGAGGUUAAAACUGGAGUUCGUGUAUUUGGGGGGGAAAGACGGACCAGUUUCUGAUUGGGCAAUAAUUCUGGCCGUGGGCCAAUCAGACUCCCCCUCUCCAGGAGGCAAAUUCCACGAUGAGACUAAACUGCAGCUUAUUUGCGGUUGUCAGCGGAAUUGAUUAGAUCCAUCAAUUUCCUUAUAUCAAUGUUUGGAUGAACGAAUUAAAUGUCAUUUAGGCUCAGUAAUUUUUAUAUUUAAUGGUUUUAUUUGAAAAAGACAAAGCGGCUUUUAAAUCCACCUAAUUCCCAUUUCAAAUUGCUAAUACGAGGACGAUCUGAACCAGUGUGACAUGCUGAAACCUCGGUGAACGCAUUAAUUCAGGAUGGACCAGCAGCGAGUCCUGUUACUUUGUGUGGCUUUGUCGUGGAGGAUACAAGCUGGGUCCACUCAAACACAUGAAGAGGUGUGUCCUGGUACGCAGAAUGGUCUGAGCUCCACUGGUUCUCAGGAGAAUCAGUACAAUCUGAUCAAGGAGCGGUACAUCGGCUGUGAGAUCAUCAUGGGGAACCUGGAGAUCACUCAGAUUGAGAGUAACUGGGACUUCUCCUUCCUCAUGACAAUCCGCGAGGUGACCGGUUAUGUCCUCAUUGCUAUGAACCACUUUCAGGAGAUUCCCUUGGGACAACUGCGGGUGAUCAGAGGAAACAGUCUGUAUGAAAGACGCUUUGCACUGUCGGUUUUAUUCAAUUAUCCUGAGGAAGGUUCCAAUGGCCUGCGACAGCUUGGACUCCUGAAUCUGACAGAAAUUCUUGAGGGUGGCGUGCAGAUUAUUAACAACAAAUACCUGAGCUAUGGCCCCUGGAUCUUCUGGCAAGAUAUUGUUCGGGACAACAGCGCUCCUAUUGACAUCAGUUAUAAUGGAGAAAGAGGCCCGUGUCACAAAUCUUGUGGUGACUACUGCUGGGGACCAAAUAAGGACCAGUGUCAGAUCUUGACUAAGAUGGUGUGCGCUCCGCAGUGCAAUGGUCGCUGCUUUGGGAGAAGUCCCAGGGACUGCUGUCACAUAGAGUGUGCAGCAGGAUGCAAAGGCCCUUCAGAAGAGGAUUGUUUCGCAUGUCGUCAUUUCAAUGAUUCAGGAGCCUGUGUGCCUCAGUGUCCUCAGACCCUCAUUUACAACAAACAGACAUUUCAAAUGGAGACCAAUCCCAAUGCAAAGUACCAGUUUGGAUCAAUCUGUGUUUCUCAGUGUCCCACUCAUUUUGUGGUGGACGGCAGCUCCUGCGUGAGCGUCUGUCCUCCAGACAAGAUGGAGGUGGAGAGGAAGGGCCAGAGGCACUGUGAGCUCUGCAGUGGAUUCUGCCCGAAAGUGUGCGAAGGCACUGGCGACGAACACAGACAGACGGUGGAUUCUAGCAACAUUGACAGCUUUAUUAAUUGCACCAAUAUCCAGGGCAGCCUUCAUUUCCUGGUCACAGGGAUUCUUGGAGAUGAUUUUAAAAGAAUCCCACCACUCGAUGCCAAAAAGUUGGAGGUGUUCCGCACCGUGCGGGAAAUAACAGAUAUUCUUAACAUCCAGUCGUGGCCGAAGGAGCUAAAAGAUCUCUCAGUUUUUUCAAGCCUCACGACAAUUCAAGGGAGGUCGCUCCACAAGCGAUUCUCACUGAUGGUGAUGCGUAUCCCCACUCUUACCUCCCUCGGACUGCGUUCUCUCCGGCAUAUCAAUGACGGCAGCGUGUACAUCAGUCUGAAUGCCAACCUCUGUUAUCACCACACCAUGAACUGGACACAGCUGUUCAGAGGCCGCAGAGUUCCAGUCAACAUCCUCAGCAACAACAAGCCGCUUGCAGAGUGUGUUGCUGAAGGACAUGUGUGUGAUCCUCUGUGCUCAGACUCAGGCUGCUGGGGCCCUGGUCCCGACCAGUGUCUCACCUGUAGGAACUACAGCCGCCACGGCACAUGUGUGGAAAGCUGUCAUUUUUUAUCUGGAACCACGAGGGAAUUUGCCAGAUCUGAUGGAGAGUGUGUCGCUUGUCAUUCAGAGUGCAAGCCACAGAAGGGGAAAAUCAGCUGCACAGGAGCGGGGGCAGAUGAUUGUGUGGCAUGCACCAAUCUUCAAGAUGAUCCCUACUGCAUGUCCUCUUGUCCCUCGGGAGUAAAUGAUGGACACAGAGGACUUAUUUUCAAAUACCCCAACAAAGAGGGUCGUUGUGAACCAUGUCACCCCAACUGCACACAGGGAUGUCUCGGCCCAGAGUUAAAUGACUGUUUAGAGACAGCAAGGAGCGGUCAGAUCACAGGUAUUGCUUUGGCAGUUCCAGCUUGUUUGAUUUUCUGCCUUGGGUUGUUCUUCCUGGGAGUGCUGUACCACCGAGGCCUCGCCAUCCGUCGCAAGAGAGCCAUGAGAAGGUACCUGGAGUGUGGAGAGAACUUUGAGCCGCUGGGUCCUGGAGAGAAAGGCACUAAGGUUCAUGCUCGUAUUCUGAGGCCUUCGGAGCUGAGAAAGAUCAAGCUCCUUGGCUAUGGCGUUUUUGGGACGGUGCACAAGGGUUUUUGGACACCAGAGGGAGAGACGGUCAAGAUCCCUGUGGCAAUAAAGACGAUCCAGGACAGCUCAGGUCGACAAACCUUCACUGAGAUCACUGAUCAUUUGCUGUCCAUGGGCAGCCUGGACCACCCCUACAUUGUUAGGCUGCUGGGAAUCUGUCCUGGUCCCAGUCUCCAGCUAGUGACCCAGCUCAGUUCCUGUGGCUCCUUGCUGGAGCACAUCAGACAGCAUAAGAGCAGCCUGGAUCCCCAGCGCCUGCUCAACUGGUGUGUGCAGAUUGCUAAGGGUAUGUUCUACCUGGAGGAACACUGCAUGGUCCACAGGAAUCUGGCUGCCCGCAACAUCCUGCUUAAGAACGACUAUCAGGUCCAGAUCUCGGACUACGGUGUGGCUGAUCUCCUUCAUCCAGAUGACAAGAAAUAUGUCUACACAGAUACAAAGACACCUAUAAAGUGGAUGGCACUUGAGAGCAUCUUGUUUCGGAGAUACACUCAUCAAAGUGAUGUUUGGAGCUAUGGAGUGACAGUGUGGGAGAUGAUGUCCUUUGGAGCAGAGCCAUACGUGUCUGUGCAGCCUCAGAAAGUGCCGAGCCUCCUGGAGAAGGGCGAGCGUCUGUCACAGCCCCACAUCUGCACCAUUGAUGUCUACAUGGUCAUGGUUAAAUGCUGGAUGAUUGAUGAGAACGUGAGGCCAACCUUCAAAGAGCUAGCAAGUGAUUUUACUCGGAUGGCGAGAGAUCCACAAAGAUAUCUUGUCAUCAAGGAGGGGGAAGAUGCUCCCCCUGGAGAGAACCAUCGAAGAGAGUCAGAGCGAGGACUUCUGGAUGCAGAUCUAGAAGACUCGAAUGAGGAGGGACAGGACGACGGCUUUACUACGCCUCCUCUUCAGCACUCUCCAUCAUGGAGUCUCUCUCGUUCAAGAAUAAAUUCCUGCAGGAGUGGUGCAUCUCAGGCUGGGCUGACUGGAUACCUGCCAAUGACCCCAAGUCCAGGAGACAGCACUCGUCAGUUGUGGUUUCACAGGUCUCGUCUGAGCUCUGUGCAGACGCUGCCUGAACGGUCAGAGGUCAGAGGAAAUGACAGGGAGGCAGAAGGCUUACGGACUGCAAGCCUUCAUCGGGCAAGGCUAGGCUCAGAGAGAGGUAGCCCUCGUUUAGCUGUAAGUCAUCACAGAAAGCUUUCCAGUGCCUCGAGUCCGUCGUCUUACAAGGUGUGGACGGCAGAGGAAGAUGAGGAGUUGGACCACUAUGGCUAUGUGUUGCCUGGGUCACCUGGAAAGCCAGAAAGAGUGUCCAGAAUAACCCGUUCUGGCAAAAGAAACUCAAAGAGGAAAAAUAAUCUGCUUCUCACAGCAGCAAAGCCCUCCCAGGAAUAUGAACCGAUGAGCACCGAAUCUGGUGUUCCUCCCUGUUCAACUUGCAGCAUCUCAAUACAUGGAGACGAUGCCAUGGUUACACUUUGUCAGAAAGUCAUAACUCUGACUUCUUCAACCGCCAUGGAGCUACCUGAAACUCUACUUUCAGGUGCAAAAGGUAAUCAAAUACACGAGGCUUGUGAAGGAGCAGCAACAAAGCAAAGCGACACGAUGGAGAAAGAUCAGCUCAACUGCAGGAGGGAGAUGAAAUCCGUGGAUCAUAAAACAGAAGUGUGGCGAGAGAUUUGUAGGUAUGAAUAUAUGGAUAUCAGACACUCUGACUCUUCAGAAGGAGGUGAGCUAGAAUUGGAGAGAAGUGGGAGUCAAACAUCUUUAACAACUGGAGAGAAGACAGAUCAAAGAGCGCGGGGUUUGGUCAGAGAGAAAAAGGGAGAAGAAGAAACGGAAGUUUUCCACACAAAUAAACAAGCCGGAGUUCAGGAGGAUCUGAGCAGUAGGGUUGUGCCCGGGCCAGAUGUGCUGACAGCUGGAAAUGAUAAGGUGGAGGAGUACGAGGAGAUGAGCGGAUUUGGAGAGGUGCCCUGUGAGUGGGGGCACGCAGAAUAUGAGAACCUCCCAGCAAAGGCGAGGGCUGUUCCCAAAGAGAAGGACAGUGGCAGGUGUGCAGGGAUCGGGGAAUACAUCAAGGUGUGUGCUGGCAUCGGGGAGCCUGGCAGCAACACAUCGUUUGACAACCCAGACUACUGGCACAGCAGGCUGUUCCUCAAACCAGAUGCUGUACGCACAUAAUUAGUCGGACUGGGACAGCAAAACAGGAACUGCUGCAAGAUUCUGUCAUAUUUGGUCGUUUUCUACGUUUUUUAUCUUAGAAAUCCAAGAUCUUUUUUGGUUUUAUUUGAAAACAAAAGUAAAUUUUUUUUUUACUUCAGUGUUUUUUACUGUGAUAAUUUAGGUAAACAAAUAGUGUUUACAGGCUUAUCAUCUUUAGUUCAGGGCUCUUAAUGUUUGUUUAGUGUUUGUUUUUCUUCUUUUUUUAUACUGGCUAAUUAUGUCUUACAAUUAGAAACCUCCUUCUGUACUUUAUAAUUACGUGAUUUGUUUUUUAUUUCAUGGUUUUGCAAAUAUCUAAUCAUUUGUAUCACAUAUGUGUGUACAAUAAAUGUGCUCAUUGUCUUCACCUUAGUUGAAAAACAAUAAAAACAAUUAUUUUGUAUA